AAACCGGUGCCAGUGCCGACCGGGUUUCUCUAAUAGCCUUUAGAUUUGACGAGAUUUAUUUGUGCUUGAGCACGACUUAUCUGUCCUUUAUUCCUCCAUUUUUACAAACAUGUCGGUGCAGUCCAAACCUGUCCCCCAGUUGACUCCGUUCGGUGCAGCCCUCGGUGGAGCUCUCGGUGCUUGCUUCAGUAACGCUGUUGUCUACCCUCUAGAUGUUGCUAAAACACGGAUACAAGCAUCAUCUUCAGAUGUGAAAGGCAAGCGGACGAAAAAGCUUAGUAUGUUGUCUGUGUUGUUGCAGAUAUUCAGGGAAGAAGGGAUUCUGGGUUGGUACAGGGGAUUUGCAGCCACCAUGCUAAAUACCUUCUCGAUGCAAUACGCCUACUUCUUUUUCUAUUCAUUUGUUCGGACUUCUUAUAUCAAGCGCUUGACAAGAAAGCUUCCUGCGGGUUCGAAAGUACCUGCGCUAUCUACGGCGGCAGAGUUGAUGUUGGGCGCAAUUGCUGGCGCUCUGUCGCAAAUCUUUACUAUCCCGGUUUCAGUUAUCGCCACUCAGCAACAGGUUGGACGAUCAACUCGAAAGGAACUGGCUUCGUCUUCGAUAAGCCCCGAAGGUGUCGAUAAGAAGGAAGUGUAUGACGACUCCUUCUUUGGCGUCGCUCGUGAAAUCAUACGGGAGGAAGGUGUAACAGGGCUGUGGCUUGGUAUCAAACCGGGGAUGGUGCUCACCGUAAACCCCGCAAUCACGUAUGGAGUGUACGAGCGCGUGAAAAGUUUACUGCUUAUCGCGCAGUCGAGAACGACUAUGAAUGAGAAGUUGACUCCGGGAUUAUCCUUCCUCCUUGGAGCUUUGAGCAAGACGCUGGCUACCAUUGUAACUUAUCCAUAUAUUAUGGCAAAAGUAAAAAUUCAAGCUCGUACUGCCGAAACAGAUGCAAUAGAGGAAGAAGAGCUGCCGUCACUAGUGGGGCAGUCUCGUCAGCGUCAGAAGCCGGGCGCCUUGGACAUUCUCCUUCGGGUUUGGAAGAGGGAGGGUUUGUUAGGGUGGUAUCGGGGAAUGGGAGCUCAAAUCACGAAAGCCGUGCUCUCACAGGCCUUGCUGUUUGUCUCCAAGGACCAAUUUGAACAUUGGGCAGUCGCAAUCAUGUUUCUGUUUGCGAAAUUAACGUCAAAUUCAUGACAGCAGGGUGAUGGUAUAUAAUUGUCUAUAAAUGUAACAGCUAUAAUGAUCCGUUGAUGACAUCCUGUUGCGUUAUAUGCAUCCUUUCCAUGCCCCGACCUUUUUGAGCAUGGAGAGGUACAGAAGAAAAAUCUAG